AGGUGUCCAGGCUGCGCGCAGCCUCCGCUCCCGCCGCCGCCGUCAGUGUGCCCGGCACACGCACACCCCGCAACCCCUCCCUCACCCCUUCCCCGAUGUUCAGCCUCCGCCAGCCGCGGUCGCUGCAUCCUCAGCGAGCGGCGAAAAGGAGACAGCGGGCGCGGCCGCCAGCAGAGACACCAUGUGACGGCGCUGCUCAGUGACACACAGCCUCGGUUAGAGAGCGGACGCGCGGUGGAGGAGGUGACUGCGCGCGGGACGCGGAGGGAUGGCUUGACUUUUCCCGUUAAACCAUCACGAGCCAUGGAUGGGCGCGGGCGAUGCGUCCCCCUAGUAAGAGAAAGACUACGAUUCGAGACCCUCAGCGCCCUAGCGUGUCGCAAUAUUUAUUGAGUGCCUACUGUGUACCAGCUCUAUACCUAUGUGCAUACAAAAACCCUGGAAGGUCAUACUCCAAUAUAUACAUACAGUGAUUGUCUCUGCUUGCUGAGAUAACAGGGGUAUCAAGCUUAUAUUUUUGCUGCUAUCCACUUGUAAAUACGCUCAGAACAGGAGAAUUUGGAAAAAUUUUUUGACUACAGGGACUUUCUAAACAUGAUGCAUUUCAAAAGCGGACUCGAAUUAACUGAGUUACAAAACAUGACGGUUCCCGAAGAUGAUAAUAUUAGCAAUGACUCCAAUGAUUUCACUGAAGUAGAAAAUGGUCAAAUAAAUAGCAAAUUUAUUUCUGAUCGUGAAAGUAGAAGAAGUCUCACAAACAGCCAUUUGGAAAAAAAGAAAUGUGAUGAAUACAUUCCAGGAACAACCUCCUUAGGCAUGUCAGUUUUCAACUUAAGCAACGCCAUUAUGGGCAGUGGGAUUUUGGGACUCGCCUUUGCCCUGGCAAACACCGGCAUCCUACUUUUCCUGAUACUUUUGUCUUCAGUGACACUGCUGUCUAUAUAUUCGAUAAACCUUCUGUUGAUCUGUUCAAAAGAAACAGGCUGCAUGGUUUAUGAGAAGCUGGGUGAACAGGUCUUUGGCACCACGGGGAAGUUUGUCAUCUUUGGAGCCACCUCUCUACAGAACACCGGAGCAAUGCUGAGCUACCUCUUCAUAGUAAAAAAUGAACUACCCUCUGCCCUAAAGUUUCUAAUGGGAAAGGAAGAGGCAUUUUCAGCCUGGUACGUGGAUGGCCGUGUUCUGGUGGUGAUAGUUACUGUCGGCAUAAUUCUCCCUCUGUGUCUCUUGAAGAAUUUAGGGUAUCUUGGCUAUACCAGUGGAUUUUCCUUGAGCUGUAUGGUUUUUUUCCUAAUAGUGGUUAUCUAUAAGAAAUUUCAGAUUCCCUGCACUGUUCAACAUCUAAAUUCAACGAAUGCUAGUUCAGCAAAUGCUGACAUGUGUACGCCAAAAUAUGUUACCCUCAAUUCAAAGACCGUGUAUGCUCUACCAACCAUUGCAUUUGCAUUUGUCUGCCAUCCAUCAGUUCUGCCAAUUUACAGCGAGCUUAAAGAUCGAUCCCAGAAAAAGAUGCAGAUGGUCUCAAAUAUCUCCUUUUUUGCCAUGUUUGUUAUGUACUUCUUGACUGCCAUUUUUGGCUACUUGACAUUCUAUGAAAACGUGCAGUCAGACCUCCUUCACAAGUACCAGAGUAAAGAUGACAUUCUCAUCCUGACAGUGCGGCUGGCUGUCAUUGUUGCUGUCAUCCUCACAGUGCCGGUGUUGUUUUUCACAGUUCGCUCAUCUUUAUUUGAACUGGCUAAGAAAACAAAGUUUAAUCUAUGUCGUCACAUCUUUGUUACCCUCAUACUCUUGGUUAUUAUCAACCUGCUGGUCAUCUUCAUCCCCUCUAUGAAGGACAUUUUUGGAGUCGUAGGUGUUACAUCUGCUAAUAUGCUUAUUUUCAUUCUUCCUUCAUCUCUUUAUUUAAAAAUCACAAACCAGGAUGGAGAUAAAGGAACUCAAAGAAUUUGGGCUGCCCUUUUCUUGGGUCUAGGGGUGUUGUUCUCCCUGAUCAGCAUCCCCUUGGUCAUCUACGACUGGGCCUGCUCAUCGAGUGGUGACAAAGGCCACUGAGUCCAGCUGAGAAAAGGAACAGUCCUGUCUGCUGCUCAGUCCAGUCACCAUACAUCAGCCACUCUCAUCAUCUUCUUUUGCAAGUUUACAGAAGCAAACAAAAAUGUACAAGAUACUUAAAAUGGAAUAGCACUUUGGUAGCAAAAUGGACCUGUUUCUUUAAUGGCUCAUGUCUCUCGAAGGUUUGGGAUCAAUGUAAAGAUCAUGGAUUUUUUUUUUCCAAAUUUCAUGCAAUCAUAUUUCCUAGUACUUUCCACAGUCAGUUAUUUUUCACUCUCCUAACUCAAUUUUUUGUGAUGUCAUGGUCUCUUAGAACUUUAAAAUCAUGAUCACCAAUCAUGUUUAUUUAUUAGAGAUACAGAUUCUGAAAUAAUUUUCUUACUGAUGUUCAGCUCAUACUAUCUGUACCUUUUUAGAAGAGACAAGACUCUUGAAUUGUAUAUAUUUAUUUUGCUUUACAGAAAAAAAUGGUUUCAUAAAUAAUUUGCCUAUUUUGGUUAACAUAGCACACGCAGGGAUAGUCGUACGAGAGUCGCAGGGCGUGUGCCGUUGCUGGGGCAGAGCCCGUCCGAUACUUGAGGUGGCUGUGAUCACCCGGUCGCGGCGCUCCUGCAGUCCGGUGGCCUCACCGGUACUGUCCUGCUCCACGCGGAGACGUUCUCUGGUGAAGGGCUCGCAGCUGGGGGUGGGGGUUGGGGGGUGGGAAGGAUUCUUACCUUGGUAAAUAUAUCAAACUACACAUCUGGAUAAUCUAGCAAGUGAAGUUUUUUUUUCUGUUCUUGGCAACUUGUGUCAAAAUUACUCUGAUCUGAGUCAAUUUCUACUGGAGGAGUCCCAUGAUGCCUUCAUAAUAAGUUGAAGAGCAAAGAUGCUGCAAAAAGACUGUCCAAAAUGCCUGAGAAAAUAUUCCUCGGAUGCAGGUAGUCUUCAGCCCUGUACCCUACACUGUACUGUUGAAGAGGGAAAACAUUUUCUUAAAUUACAAAGUCAGCAGUUUUACUCAUGUCCACCAGCUUUUGCACAGAGAAUAACAUGUAUCUAACCAAGGAUGAUCUAGGAUAAGUAAUUCCUGUUUUAUAUUGGGUACUUUGGGGGGGUCUUUAAAAGACUUGUUUUAUAUCUAUAAAUUUAGGUUAUUUCAAAUAUAAGAUUUUUGUAUCUUAAAUAAGCCUCAUUCCUAUUUCUUCUCCAUUAACAACCCAUCCAGAGUCUUGAAGAAAGAGACCCCUCAGAGAUAGUCUUUGAGGAGAACUUGUGACAAAACCACUAAGGACCUUCCUCCCCCCAGAUGAGGACCUUGCUGUCUGUGUGUCUGUGCUCUUUGUUUUUGCUCCCGGCCACAGGGCGUUCCCCGCCACCCGCGCAGGAGGACAGAGCUGCCUCACACUCUUACCCCAGCCCCUGUCCUUAAGGCACAGGAAGGAAGCUACACUGAGUCUGGAAAAGAAGAGGGUGUGGGACAAAUUAGCUUGGAAAGCAGUGGGGAACAGAAGCCCAGAACUGCCUGGCCCCUGGGCUGGGCCGUUGCCUGUGACUGGAUCGUCCAGAUUACACAGUAAGAAAUGUGUGUGCUCUCAGAGCCGGUCUGUUGAAUCAGGCCUUGUGUUUCAGUUGGUAUAUUCUGACUGAAUUUCCCAAACACCUAAGUUCACAGAGCACAGAUUUCUUAUCCUGAGAUAAGUAGGAUUUAACCACAGACUCUUGGCAGAGUUUCCAGGUCCCGAGCUCUGGCUUCUGUUCCUCCCUCACUCAAAUCCCCAGAAACCUCCACACUCACUGAGAGAACAUGGAACUGUCCCCUCCCCUUUACAGACUAAUGCCCCAAAGAAGAGGCAGGUGCCUUGUUGUGAUCCUCCUGGGGGAGGAGAAAGGUUACUUCCUGCAUUUCUGGGUAGGGCCAUCAUAACUUUUAAUGUAAUGUCCCAGAAUUACAUCCAUGUUAGGUCAGAGUUCAGAUAUUUAGAUAUGAAUAACUACCUGUAAAUGAAUACCUAAUCCAGUAAAAUGCUCUGUCCUUCUCAGCAGUGUCUUCCAUACCAUCAGAGGAGCGGGAAGAGAAACUGAGCAAAACAAGCCAAGUCAGUUGGCCCUGGAGCUUGUCUAGAGCACCGAGCAAUGAAGUAGCUAGAUAGUGGGAGUGACCAUUAAAAAAAAAAACACAUAAUUUAGUUUCCAAGCUAUAUUCUACUUCUUAUUUUCCUCAUUAAUUUAUAACAAUUUAUUUUAUACUCCCAACGUCAAAUUAGAAAUUAAUCAUUAACUCUUGGGGGAAAGAAGGAUGUGUAGUGAUAUUUUUGGAUCUCUGGAUUUUAUGUGUUAGUGCAAGGGAUAAUUAUUAUUUAAAAUAUAUUUAUUUAGAGGAGAUACAUUGUUGAUGUCUGUGAUACCACAGGUUUUUAAAAAUAUUCUUUAUAUGUUUGUUUGUUUUUGAUUGACUAUAACAGUCCCUACCGUAAUUUGUCAAAUAUCACCAAUUAAUUACACCAUUUGUGUCAGAUUAGCUGUAAAGUAUACUGUUCUCUUGUUCAGAGUAGCAAACUGGUAGCCAAAAAUACAUGUAUCACAGAUGUUAGGUAGAAUUUAAACAACAUAGUCAAGUACUAUAGGAGUUUUUCUGCUAAAUUAGUAGACUACAGACUCUUACACCUUAGCCAUUGGGAGCAGCACGUUUUCCUUUGGUAGAUAGCUCUCAGCACUAGUGAACAGUGCCAGUUUCAGACUUUAGAUUUAGAACUGUUCUCUAGUUAUUGCAAUACAGAAUACUGUAAAUCCCUAAUUUCCUUAAUGUUACUUAUUGGAAGUAGGGGUGGUGAAGUAUGCACAGGAAAGAAAUUUAGUCUUGUCACAGAGGCAGUCUCCAAUUUAUAAGCUGAUCAUAUUGCAGAACACUGUUAGUUGAUUAUUUGCAACCUGGACUAUAACAGGUAUACAUGGUGGUUAGGCCCCCAGACCGGCUAGAAAAGAUUGUUAGACCCAUGGUUUAGCUGAACUUAGAUAAUGUAACAAGAUUGUUAAAGAACUUGACCACUAAAUAUUGUAGUCUUUCUAGGGGUAGUUGUUCAGAGUCGCCAAGGACGUGUCAUUCCUAUUAUUAGUGGAAUGUGGAGUGCCCACCGCAGCACACACACCUGCCAGAUGGUGGGCGCAGGGUCGCCACCAGUUAGAGGGGACCAGAGUGGCCUGAAGCAGGGUCCCUGGCAAAGGAGGGGAAGAGUAAAUCUGGGGCCGCCAGAGAACCUAGUGGUAGGAGGAGUAUGAGAGAGGACGAGGGGGCCUCUUGUGAGUUGUAAACCUCCAGGGACCGACCUUCCUCAGCUGAUACCUUCUUUUCCCUGGAGGUCCCAGGCUUGGCCUGCCUGCUUCUAUUUUUAGGACCUUUGCUGCAAUAGUUCAUCUUCCCUGCUCACUACACACACAGAAAUGAUGUUGCUGCAGAGCCUCUGCCAUAUGCCAGUUCCUGGAGCCAGCAUAUAGCACUUUUAAUGGGUUUAGGGCUGGCUAACCAUGGUUUCACUGCCCAGUAAUCAGAUGGGGGUGAAACCACGCUCUACCCACUUUCCCUUUUUCCCCCAUUUGCACACCCUGUAGAGAAAGGCACAGCUGGAUGAUGGUCUUGGGGCUUGGAGUGGACAAAGGACUGGUAGGAUUCCAUGGUAUUUCAGAGGACCCCGCAGUUAUCCCUGAACUGACUUUUUUCUAGAGUUGGACUACAAGCCUCUAAGCCAGCGGUUCUCGAAGUGUGGCCCUCAGACCAGCAGCAUCAGCAUCAGAUGGGAACUAGCGGGAAUGCAAAUUCUCAGGCCCCGCCCCAGAGCUAGUGAAGUCAGCCGACUCUGGGGGAGGGGGCUGGAGGAACCCCCGGAGUUUUAACGAGACCCCCUGGUCUUGAUGCACAUUAAGUUUGAGUACCACUCUGAGCCAGUUAAUCUCGCUUUUGUUCUCCCCGUUAGUC